AUGCCUGCCAAAUGCUCCAACCAACAGGGAAGGCCUCGCUCGCACGUGACCGACACGGAGGAGGACAGUGAAGACAGGCGGAGUGAUAUACGGGGUAAACCGCAUUGCCGCCGCGAAAGCCAAACGACAAGCCCGCAAAUCUCAUCUGCGUCCACCUCGCAAUGCCAACGCACAACCGCCUCCAACGUGUCCACGGUGUCCGCGGAUAUCCUGUGCACCAAGUGGAUUUGUUGGACACCUUCGGAUCAACUGCACCACUUGGACUGCACUAACCGUCGUCUUUCAGCUCACCUUCUACGCCGUCAAUUAUUUCUAACCGCCCUCCCGAACAACCACUUCCAUCCUCCUCCUCCUUUUCCUCCUCCUCUCCUAUUCAGCCUCUGCUACAACCACUUCCAUCCUCCUCCUCCUUUUCCUCCUCCUCUCCUAUUCAGCCUCUGCUGCCCCAACGGUUUUCGCUGUGGCGCCUGUCACGCACAUCAUCACUACCCACAAUCCUGACACAACAACAAACACCAGCACCACAACCGUCGACACCAAUGCUGAUAACCAGAACUGA